GUUGCAGUGCGCGGCGCACUGAAUGCUGUGAAAUGGAAGACGGAAAGGGCGACGUUGGAGUGGACCCGGACAUGGACGAUGAUUCAGACGACGAGGUGUCUCUGCUGGUUGUGGACGAGGACGAGCUCAACACAACCUUGAACGAGGCUGGUAUUCAAGUCAAGGUGGACAAGGAAGGAAGCUCUGUAGAAGUGAGCGUCCUGAGCGAGGACGUCUCUACCUUCCUGAUGUUUGCUCCGGAGGAGGAGUACCUCGGCGCCAAGGUAACGGGCUUCGUCCCGCGAGAGGACGGCGGACUCAGCGCCCUCGAAAUGCACGGCCAGCUCUUGGAGGGCGAUGUCCUGACGCACCUUAAUGGGAGCAACGCCCGCCUCCUGGACUUCACCGAUAUCCUCAAGGCCUGCAGGGGUCCCGAUAGGGGAGGGCUCCCUCGCCCUCUCGUCAUGAAGUUCUCGAGGUCAGAGGCGCUCUCGCCCCCCGCUUCUCCCGCGCCGUCCCCGCCCGCCUCGCCGACCGCUGAGCGAGGGCAAGCUUCCGCGGCAACCAGUAAGACUGAUGCGGCAGGGGGCGGCGCUAGCGGCGGUGGCGGGGCUACAAGCGGAGCAUCUUCGUUGCUGGCCGACCUUGAUGACUUCAUGGGGGGGUUAAGCUUGCCGGGGGGGGAAGCGCGAAUUCCCGGAAUGUCGCACAUCAAGGGAGUCUUUAGGGCCGAGCUCCAGGCCCAAGGCAUGCUCGGCGGGAGCGGCGACGGCGGAGACGCCGGGGGCGACGCAGGAGGAAGCGGGAAUAGCGGGGACUCCUCCCCGCCAGGCGAGGGUCUUUUCCUAAACAUGUUGAGACGGUUGGAGAACGUCGAUGUGGCGGGAGAGGACAGCCCCAGGGUGGCGGCGGCGGCGGCGGCGGCGGCGGCGACGGCGGCGGAUGGUGUCGCAAACGGGGGCUUCGGGCUUCCGCAAGGAGUCGGUGGUCGAGGCGGCGGCGGCGGCGGCGGCGGCGGAGAUCAGACGGUGGGAGGGGCAACGGAGGGCGUGGGAGAGGGCGGCAAGGCGUUCGUGGAAGGUGCUUCGAAGGCUCUGGCGGUGAACCGGGAGAGAAUGAUGGGCUGGAUGAAGGAGCUGAGGCCCAAGGACUGGUCUCCCAAGGAGGCGGAACGAGCAGUGGAAGAAGAAUCGAUCCAAGAGUUACGCCGGGCGGUGCGGCGUCUCUACCUCGACGCGCCAGACCCCGCCAUCCACACCGCUAUUAUAGUUGCGCGCGCGAGACCGUCGGCACCGAAGUCAGCGGCGGCGGCAGCGGAGGCGGAGGCAGAGGGACCCACGGCGGAGGAGGCGGCGGCGGCGGUGGGCGAAGUUGCCGAAACCCCGAAGGAGGCGGGUGCGGUGGACCGGGUGAUCGGGACCGGCGCGGACAAGAGGCUCACAAAGCUGGUUUGGUUCCGUUCGUCGUCGGGCGGAGGGUUCGCGGAGAUCAAGGGCGUCGAGGGUCCGUUCUACCAGCCCAGCGCCGACGACCUCGGCUCCCGGAUCUGCAUCAAGUGCACGCUCGCGGGGACCGCUCUGAACUUGGGCGGUACUGGUAGCGGCGGCUUCCUGUCACCCACGAAUCGGGGUAAAGAAAGGCGUGGGCGGCACGGUCGUAGGGGGGGGAGGUCAGGAUCGCGGAGCCCCCAGAGGCAACAAGAUCAGGUUUCUUUCGCUGAGGUGGGUCCAAUAGUCCUCGACUCCGCGGUCGGGGCGGAGGUAGACAAGCUUCUCUCGGCGGAUGGCCCGGCAGUGUUCAGGGGACUCGUGAGGAGAGACACCCCGGGGGAGACUGUUCGUGUGCGUGUCGAGGUCGGGCGAGAGCAGAUUCGAGUGGUGGCACAACCCGGCGAUGCCGCCGCCGCCGCCGUCGCGGAUGGCAACAGCCCGGGAGCGGAGCCGCCCGGUGUCACCGUCGAAACGGCGGCGGCGGCGUCCGUGCAGCCCGCAGGCGCCGUCGCGGAAGGCUCGCCGGAGGCCGCGUUAGCGACGGGAUCUGGGGAGAAAGACGACGGGGCGGCGGCGGAGGAGGAGACAGGAGCCGGGGGGGAGGUUGCCGCCGCAGCGGAUGGUGGCAAGCCAUCGCCGUCGGCGACCUCUCAGGACGGAGCCGAGGCGACCGCUGUGGUGGUGUUGGCAGAGGGGAGGUACUCGUCGGGGGUCCUCGUGACGCUGGAGCCGGCACGGCCUACGGCGCUGAGGCUCACGGUCGGGCGGAGGCAGGGGGGGGAGGCCGCGGCCGCCGUCGGUGUAAGCCAGGCACCGACUCCUCCCGCAGUGGUGCUGCUCCUGGGAGCGGUGGACGGCAUUCAGCGGGACGUGCUCGCGCUCACGUUGAGAGGGCGGAGGCAAGCGGCUCUGGGCCCUGGGAUUACCGUCGACGACUAUCCAGAGGAAACCAAGGCUCACCAGGCGCACGAAGAUUACCUGGAGCUCAAAGCCGCGGCGGCUAACUUUGCCAGCGCCUACGACGAGGACGGGACGAGCGCGACGUCUAAGAGCGGCAGCAGCGCAGAAGAUGAUGACGAUCAUGACGACGAUCACGAGGAACCUGACUCUGGCAGCUACUACGACACCUCCGAAGAGGACGAUGGCGAGGAGGUAGACACAGACACGGGGGAGGAAUCCGCUGCCGACGGGGAAACGGGGAGAGGCGGAGGCCACCGCGGCGGCGGCGGCGGCGCUCGGCGUGCCUCUUGGAAGGGCGGCGGUAGCGGUACGCUCGCCCGCGCUGCAAGCCGAGGGUCGUUUCCGGCGGCGGGUGCGGGGGAUGAACCCAGGUCCUUGACAGAUCUGCUUGAAGACCUGCGGCAAGCCAGGGCCAUCGCUGACUACAGGGGUCGGCAACUAAAGGAGGCGCACUCGAUGUGGGAGGCCGGGGAGGCCAGCCGUCAGAAGGCGGAGGCGGAGCUGAGCCUGGUGUCCUCCGAGCUGGACCUCCUGCGGCCCUUCUCCAAGUCCCUAGCCGCACGCGCCGAGGGCAAGGAGGCCGCCGAGGAGGCCGCCGGUAACCUCGCCAGCGAGGUGGAGACCCUUAGGGAGCAGCUCGCCGCGGCGGUGGAGUCGGCCGAGAGGCUGGGGUCAAGGGCCGGGACGGCGGAGGACGAGGCCGGGGCGAGCGCCAGCAAGCUCAGCGGCCUGGAGAAGGUGGUCCGCAGGCUUGGCGGGGAGGCCGAGGUGGCGCACUCCGAGCUAGCCAAGGAGCGCGCCGGUGCAGAGGAGGCGGUGGCAAGGGCGAGCAAGGCGGAGCGAGAGCUAGACCAGGCCAGGGCAAGGGCCGCCGUCCUGGAAAACAAGCUGGCGACGCUGGAGAAGGACAAGCUGGAGCUUUUGGCCGAUGCGAACUCGUCGAGGGCUCGGGCCAGUGCCCUGGAGGAAAAGUACUCGGCGGCAAGGGCGGCUGAAGCAGCGGAGUCGGAAGCCCGCGUCUCCGAGCUCGAGGGCAAGGUGUCGUCUCUCGAGUCAGAGAAUUUGAAGGCCGUCGCGAGGAUGGAGGAGGCGUUGGCGAAGGAGGCGGCGGCGGAGGAGAGGGCGGACAAAGCGGUCAAGAUGGAGGAGGACACGAGGGCCGAAAUGGCGGGUAAGACCGAGGAGGUGAUGCGACUGACCGCGCAGCGUAACUCCGCCAAGAGCCGGGCCGACUCCCUGGCGAAGGACCUCUCCCGGGUGUGCGGGGGCGGGCGUACCCUGGACCAAAUCGAAGCCAUCGUCACAAAGUACGCCGACCUUAAGGUGAAGAUGGCUGCCAUGGAGGCCGAGAAGGACGGCGCUGCGGACCUCGUGGACGAAUGGCAAUCGAACUCAAAGGGCGAGAGAGGGGAGGGAGGGCGCAAGGUUUCCGAGGCCGCGAAGCGCGCCCUAAGGGAGAACACCGAGCUGCACGGACGAGUGGCAGCCAUGACAGAGUCCCUCCAGAUGAGAGCACAUCAGCUGGAGGGGCAGAGGCAGUCCAACGAGUUCCUGCUCAAGCGGGUUGAGGAGCUGGAACAGCAGGUUGCCACCACCAGCGGGAAGACUGCCAUCGGGACGGAUUGAUGAUUUUGUCGAUUGGUCGAGACGAACGGAUUGAUUCUAUUGGUCGGUCGAGACGGAUAGGUUGAUUUAUAUCGGUUGGUUGGAGUCGAGCUAAAUUGGCGCACGUUUUUCGCCCAAUGGUGCGUCCGCUCGGUUAGUUGUUUGGUCAGUCGAGCUUGGGGGUGGUUCUUGAUUUCGUUGAUGAACCCCGCGAGUGCGUGUGCGCACGCACGAUGAUGCCUGCUGUUUUUUUGUGUGCGUUUUUUCUUGCAUUUGGUUGGUGUUUUCUGCUUCGUCAAUGUAACGGUAGUUUCUUGUACGUAAUUGUCACGUAGUUUCGUAAGGUGAAGAGAUACGGCUGAAUUUUUUCUCCGUCCGCUUGGCCCCGCCUUCGCACGCUAUGUUAAGCCUCGCCCGGGGUCUUUGAGAUACACGCAGGACACGUACAUUUUUUCGAUGCGUGGUUGUUUGUGUCGAGUUGAGUUGGCAGGGUGUGGAGGAGGUAGCAUAGGUGUAUUCAGAACGGACGGGGCGGUUUUUCAAUGGCGAGCUCGGCCUGCGGUUUUCUCCUUCGGUUUUUUGCAAGACGGCUGGGGUUUUGGCGGUGGCGCUGUAUCCGCCCGCCAUGUACCCCCCCCCCCCC